AUGGAACAACUUAUUAAUGUAAAAAGAAGCAGCUAUCAUCUUCCACAAGAAAUCAUCACAGAGAUACUCAUGAGGUCCCCUGCAAAGUCUCUCUUACGAUUCAAGUGUGUAUCCAAAUCGUGGUUCUCCGAGAUCUCGAGCCCUGGUUUUGCAAAAAGUCAUGUCAAAGUUUCAAGUAAGAACAAAAUUACUUCCAACUAUGGACUUGUUUUUCCGACUGCCACUGUGGCCUGUAGGUGUUCUCUUGACGAGGAAGUACAAGCUCAGGGAAUAAUACCCAUCGACUCUGACUUUCAUAAUUGGGGUUGUUGUAAUGGAUGGAUUUGCUUCUCAAAAGACCGUCAUACGCAUCCAGUCUUGUGGAAUCCAUCGACAAGGAAAGUCAAGGGUAUCCGACGUUCACCCGCGUACCUUGAGAAUCGUAACUCCGAAAGGGAAAGGAGGCUAAAGCUUGACAUUAUCUAUGGAUUCGGCUAUGAUGAAUUUACAGAUGACUACAAAGUGAUAGAAAUAGUUGAUCCAGGGAGUAAAUGCACUGCAAGCAUUUAUAAUUUAAGGAAGAAUUAUUGGAAGAUAUUAUGGGACUGUCCAAAAUCACUUGAUGACUAUUCGUUUCUAGUGAAUGGAGCUCUUCACUGGAAGGCUAACCAUAAGCACAAGUUACCACGUAAUUUUGCUACUAGUAUUUUCUGGAUAAACAUGUCAACAGAGACAUAUGGAGAGUUGGGUCUCCCUGAACAUGAUCAUAAGCAUAGUAUUACAAACAUGCGAACAAGAAUAGGGGUACUAAGGGAUUGUCUUUGUGCUUCUUUCAACUAUUUCUAUGAUCGAGUGGACGUUUGGAUCAUGAAGGAAUAUGGUGCGGAAGAAUCGUGGUAUAAAUUUGUGUCCGUUCCGCACAAUUUAUGCAAUGACAAAUUUACCAGGCUUGUGUUCAUGCAACGACUUUCAACACCACCCGUUUGGCUGUUCGAGAAUGGUGAAAUUCUACUCGUUCAUGAGCUUAAAAUGGUGUGUUACAAUCCAAGGAAUAAUACGUUCAAACGCUGGUUCCCUUCUCGUGACUUGCGGAAAUCCUACUGGGAUAAUCUUGACGAUCGGCCAGAAUGCUAUGUGGAAAGCCUUAUCUCCCUUGAUUGA